AUGGCUCUGACCUGCCCGAGCAUGAAGCUGCUGGUCGACGUCAAGGGCGGGCGCGUGCUGUACGCCGAGGCCGGCAAGGACGUCGUCGACUUCCUCUUCGCCCUCCUCACCCUGCCCGUCGCUACGGUCGUCAAGCUCCUGCGCAAGGACGCCAUGGCCGGCUGCGUCGCCAGCCUCUACGGCAGCGUCGAGCGGCUGGACGCGGCCUACGUCCGCUCCGCCGACGCCAGGGCCGCGCUGCUCGCGCCGGCCGGCGGGUACGAGAGCGGGAGACUCCUCCAGCUGCAAGCCGCCGCGCCGGCCGCGGCCGCCGUGGAAGUCUACCAGUGUAGCAAGGGCGGCACGGGCGACUGCUACAGUUACGUGGCCGCGUUGAGGAGCACGCCGUGCCGCCACUGUCGUGGCGCGAUGAACGUGCCCAUCGAGCUCGUGGGCUGCUCCGGCGGCGCGCCCGGUGGUGGCGGGGCAGAGGCGGCGGGGGCGGCUUCGCUCUCCGAUGUUGCCGGCACGGGGUUCGUUAAGGAGGUCGUGAUGUACACGGUCACGGACGACCUCCAGGUCGCGCCCAUGUCCACCAUCUCCAGCAUCGCCGCCCUCAACGCCCUGGGCAUCACGGACAUCAGCUCGCUCCAGGAGAAGUCAGUUCGAGUGGGGUACGACGAGGGUUUGGAGAUUCUGAGAGCGUCGCUGCAGUCCAAGACCGUGCUGACGGACAUCUUCCUCGGGAAGAAGGUACGGGAGGCAGCCGCCGCACCUCUGCAGAAGAAGAAGAACACGGAGGCCGCUGCCGCUGCUGCGCCUUCGGAUAACAAGAAGGAACCGAAGGCUGCUACCCCGUCAAAGAAGGAGAAGAAAUAA